AUGUAUCUCCGAGCGAUCCACGCCGAAUCCCACAUUCCCACCCUCCGUCAGUUUAUUAGGGAUAACCCUCUCGGAACCCUUACCACUGCAAUCGCGUCCACGGAGUAUCCGCUUCUGCAAGCAAGCCAUAUCCCAUGGGUUCUCGAUGUGGCAGAUAAUUCAAGCGAGUGCGAACUCGGUGUUCUGCGAGGGCAUAUCGCCCGGCAGAACCCUCAAGCGAAAGCCUUGAUCGAGUCGGCUACUUCUAUGAUCCCCGAGGGGAAAGAGGGUGGAGUACAGCUUGAAAAUGAAGUUCUAGUAUUAUUCACUGGAACUUUCCAUCACUAUGUGACGCCAAAAUUCUACACGGACACGAAGCCCGCGACAGGCAAAGUGGUGCCGACGUGGAACUAUUCUGCCGUGCAAGCAUACGGAAAAGCAACAGUAUACUUUGAUCGUGGUGUCGAAUCUACGGAGUAUCUAUCUCGCCAGAUUAGCGAUCUCUCCCAGCAUGCCGAAUCCUCGCUCAUGGGAUAUACUGGAGGCGACGAGAAGCCAAGUCCCUGGAAAGUGUCCGACGCCCCCGCCCGUUACAUCGAAAUUAUGCAGAAGAAUAUCAUCGGCAUUAGGGUUGACAUCACCCGCCUUGGUGGGAAGUUUAAGAUGAGCCAGGAAAUGGGCGAGAAGGAUCGCGAGGGAGUCAUUGAAGGAUUCCGGAGCCUAGGAACGGAGGCUGGUACGGAGAUUGCCAACAUAGUGGCCGAGAGACAGGACUUUAUGAAAGCCAAAUAG